AUGACAGAAAACCCAUUUAUUGAUACAACAAUUAAUUCAACAAAUACAUUUCUUGUUAAUCCAGAAGCUCAUACAUCACUGCAACUUCUUCAUCGACGUUCAUCGGAUGAAGACGAAGACGAUGAAGAAGAAGACGAUGUAAUCGAAGAAGAUGAAAUAGUAGAAGAAGCCGAUCACGAAGUGGAAGAAAUCGAAGAAGAAAAUGGUCAUGAUAAUCUAAUUGCAGAGUUCAAUAAUGAUCGUGUCAAAUGCUUAACAUCUCCGCAAAAAAUUUCUUCAUCAUCUUGUCCUUUUACUGUUGGUUGGGGUCGUGGUUCACGAUCAAUAUCUAUCAGUCCUCCAAGUCCAACAUCUACUUCUCUCGGUCGUGAUGAUGCAACUGUUAUUGAUGAAUAUAAAUCUGAAACUUCAUUACCUAAAAAAAUCAAUGGCAAUGAUCAACAUGUAAUAAUUACACCACCACCAACCACUACUACACAAGCAAUAAAUGGAUACCAUUAUAACGAAUCUUUUCCAAAUAAACCUUUCAAUGAAGAAAUUGAUUUUUCAUUUAAUGCAAGUACAACAAAAAUUGUUUUUGACAAUGAAUUUGAUUAUAAGAAAGCUACUCGUGUUCUUGAUUCACACAGAAUACAACAUGAACCAACACGAAAUUAUGCUGAUAUAUGGCCAUUUUGUUUAAAUUCUCGAACAACACGCUUUUAUUAUCUUUCUGAACUUGAAUCUCAAAGACUAAAUAAUAAUUCAAAAGAAUUAUUAAUACAACAAAUACGAUUAUCACCAAUUGACUUAUUAACUCAAUAUACUAAAUUUUGGUUUGCAUUUGAACGCCGACCGACGUUUAAUGAAACCAAAUUUAAUAUUGAUAUUGAAUCAAUAAAAAACCAUUCCGAAUCUAUGACGAAUAAUACAGUAUUAGGUCGAAUUAAAUUUUUUCAUGGUGUUCAUGUUAAAUUAUCAUAUGGAGCAUUAACAUCAAUGAAUGAAUAUUAUUAUCAUCCAGAAUAUUGUUUUGGAAAGAGAACUGAAUGGACGUUAAAAUGUGCUGAAUUUUUACCAACUUCUGUACCACAUGGAUUAACAUCUCCAUGUGUACAACACUCCAAGGCUUUUAUGAAAGAUGUUAGUCUAGUUGCAUUAAUAUUACAAAAUGUUUUGAGUAUAUUAUUAUUACGUUAUGUACGUACAAGAUUAGGUCCAUGUUUUAUUAAUUCAACAACAGUUAUUAUUUCAGAAGUUGAAAAAGUAAUUCUAAGCAUAUUUUUAGUUAUUAAUGAAGAGAGUAAUACUGUAGCAGCCUUUAAAUUAAUGUAUAAUAAAAUCAUACGUCAACCUAAUGAUACAUUCAAAAUUGUAAUAUCAGCUCUACUUUAUACAUUACAAAAUAAUCUUCUUUUUGUUGCCAUUUCAAAUUUAGAUGCUCCUACAUUUCAGGAUGUUGUUGAUUAUGUAUCAAAAUUUUUUGUUCAUUUUAAAGAUCUUAUUAUGGAAACAACAACAGUAGAAUUUGAACGACUUGUAAACAUGUUUCGAAAUGCAAAACAAAAUAUUGAUAAUUCUUUACAAGCAUGUGUUGAUCGAUAUUGGACUGAAAUUAUAUUAAAUUCAUUUAUAUUCGAUCGAAAUAAUCAAGAACGUAAUGCUCUCGAUAGUUUAACUGUAACUGAUAUGCAAGAAUGGUAUAAUGAACAUAUAUUUGCAUCUACUCGUCGUCAACUAAUAAUUAUUGUAUGUUCUAAUGAUGAAAUUAAACGAACAUCAUCAGGUAUUAUUUCAAAUAACAGAAUAUCUCAUGUUUCAUAUGACAAUCAACGGAAUCAAUAUAGUAUUCGAUCAAGUGUUGGUGUACCAAUAGAACGGCUUCCACGACUUGUACGUCGUCAAGAUUUAUUGGAUGAAGAUGAUGAUGAUGGUGACGGACAUAUAUCUUUAUUACAAUCAAAAUCUGACUCAAAAUUACGUUGUUUAACAACAAAACGUAAACAUAAUAUUGAUUUGCGUCAAACAAAAAGUGAAACACUUCAUUUAAAUAAACCAUUUGAAUAUCCAAAUGAUAUAAUUAAACUUGAUUAUAUUAUUAAAUCAUUUGAAUCAAUUGAAAUUACUGAUGAUCAUAAUACAAAUCAAUAUGGUAAAUCAAUAAAAAUAUUAUCUGAAUCUGAUUCUAAUGAAUCAAAAAAAAUUUAUGUUUAUAUUAAUAAUUUGAAACAAUUUAAAGAAUCAUGUUUAUUAUAUAAUGUUACAUGUAUUAAAUAA